CAAAUUUACCAUACAUACGACAACAACUUUCAGCGCUUUUGGGAAACACAAGCGGACCAGUGAAAUUUAUUUGUUGUGUAGUGUUUUUUACGUACUUUCUAUCGUUUUCGGAUGACUAUGUUCAUGUUAUUAGUAUCACGCCAGGUUAUAUUCUACCAUCAUCAUUUUGGAUAUGGACAUAUUUCACCUACUGUUUUAUGGAAUUUCAUUUCUGGGAGGUGUGUUUAGAUGUGAUAACUGUUGCAUUGUGCGGUAAAUUGAUUGAACCACUAUGGGGUCAGAUGGAAGUCAUGACUUUCUUUGCAAUUGUCAACAUCGGUGUAGCAAUGCUAAGUACACUUUUUUAUCUGUUUUUGUACAUGUGUACCAAUAAUCCCGAUGUACUUUUCAACAUACAUAUCCAUGGUUUAGCCGGUUACCUAGCCGGACUCACAGUAGCCGUGAAACAGAUUAUGCCUGAUCAUCCUAUUGUCAAAACACCCUUGGGCAAACUAAGCAAUAGGAACUUGCCUAUGUGCAUCUUCACUAUCUCGUUUUUGUUGCAUUUGAUUGGUCUUUUGGAAGGCACUAAUCCGACAAUGUUCCUGUCUGGGCUUCUAGUCAGUUGGACUUAUCUACGGUUUUAUCAGUCACAUACAAAUGGUACCCGAGGUGAUAUGGCUGACCACUUUACAUUUGCAAGUUUUUUCCCGAACGUUGUGCAGCCUCCGAUUGGUGUGAUGAGUAAUACAAUCUACAGUGGCUUUGUGCGCAUUGGAGUCUGUAGAAAAACAGUCCGCAAAUUCGAUCUGGCCUCUGCUCCAAGCGGGGUUACCAUCACUCUUCCCGGCAAUGAUCCACAGGACAUGGAGAGGAGAAGGCAACUUGCACUGAAAGCAUUGAGCGAACGACUGAGCAAAGCAGAGCACUCUUCUGGUCCCAAAUUGGCGACCAGAUCCAAACAGGAGACGGCCAUCUCGAUUCCAGUUGUACCACCCAUGCCGACGCCAAUGAUGCCUUCUACUGCUGCCAACACAACAAGUGUAAAUAUACCUGAUGCAGUCACAGCUAACACAUGAGACUGCCUCCCUGCUAGAAGCGCAUAGCAGCUAACAGACGGGACAACAUAGGUAGUAAACAAUGUGAACAAUAAUAUUAUCGAUGUGUGAAAACUAGUUGAAUCAGUUUAAACAUGACUAAAACUUGGUUCAGGUUUAGUUGAAACUAGUUUCAUCAGUUUAAACGUGACUAAAACUUGGUUCAGAUUUAGUUGAAUCUAGUUUCAUCAGUUUAAACGUGACUAAAACUUGGUUCCGGUUAGUUGAAACUUGUUGAAUCAGUCCAAACAUGACUAGAACUUCGUUCAGGUUAGUUGAAACGUGGUUUGAACUAGUUGAAAGCUUGUUAAAAGUCACUUGAAACCGGAUUAAACUAGUUUGUUUAAACCUUGUUCAAAUUACUUGAGUUGUUGAAAAACUAGUUCUUUGAAUUUUGGUUCAAACUAGUUGAAAACUCAUUAGUCACUCGAAACCGGGUUCAAACUAGUCAACACCUUGAUAAAACUUGUUUGAAUUACAAGAGUUGAAAACUAUUGAAUUUUGGCUCCAACUAGUUUAAAACUUAUUAACUCAGCAUAAACUGGAUUCAAACGGUCAAAACAUGAUUUAAACUAUCCUUAGCAGGAUAUUUCGUUGGGAUACAUUUGCUAAACUCCAUUAUUGUAUUUUUCGUAUCAGAAUAAAGAAAAGUAAAAAGUUGCAAGGUUUCUUAUUGCUCUAUAAAUUUAAGUUUUUUGAAACUUGGAAUUAUUCAUUUAAACCGGAUUUAAUUUGUAUGAUAAAACUCAUUACACCUAGUUAAAACCAGACUUAACUAAUUUUACAUGAUCUUAUGUGAGAUGAAUCUUCAGAAACAUUUUAUGGGAGCUAUUUCCACCAAUCUGAUAAUCUAAAUGAAUAAUUUAGUUUGAAAACUGGUUACAUCUAGUUCUAACAGGGUGUUGAAGAUUCAAAUUUUACAGAACUCUUCUUUCGCCUGAAUAAAUUAGAAGAAAAUAUGGUAGAUACUAUAUUGAUUCACAUUAUAUUCAAUGUGUGAUAAUUUAUAAAACUAGUUUUUAAAGUUAUAGGUUCCACAACCUAAAAACAUUACAUUUGAGUUGAAAAAUAUAAGUUGCUACACAAAUAAGUUGGAAAAAUCAACUUAGAAAUAUUAUCAUUAUUACUACAAACAAUAUUGUUUACAUUAAUUAUUUAGUCUACUCUUUGAUAAGUUCAUUUGGUUCACAUCGGAAUAAUUAGUCAAAAAUAUUUAUUUUCUGAUGAAUGUGAUCCCAUUUCAUGCAUAACCUAAUUAAUCUAUUUUCAUUUCCAACCCCCUAGCUAACAUAUUAAAACUAAAUAAUAAAUAAAACAAAAACUAAAAUAAUGACAACGUGUCAUGGAACCGUUUUUUAUAAAGAAAUGACAUUAUUGUUCUUAUCAACAAAUUCAACAAAAAUUAGAUUUGUCUCUCUCUAUCUUUUAUAAAAUAUAAGAAAAACAUACAGUUGAUAAAACAAUUAAGUAAGAGAGAAGUUGAAAUUUGAAAGAAUAUUAUGUACAUUGUAUUCUCAUAACCCCUUCAUGAAUAUUGAUUGUUAUUUUGGAAGUUCCUAAGAACGGGGUUUUUGUUACGAGGGAGUAACAUGAUAAUUUUGAAAAAGUGUGAAUAGUUAAUUUUAAUAAAUUCUCAUUUUUUUCUGCUACUGUAUAAUUGGGAGUCAAAUUUUAUUUUUUCAAAAUCAUUACUGUUUAAUUCCAAGUUAUGAAGUCAGACACAACUACUAUUCAUUCUUUCUUUUCAAUAUUCUUCUUUACUUUGUUAUGUGGAAUAAGUUGGAAUUAAUAAACACACUUCAAUAGUACGAUCUUUACUUUUACAUUACUGUUGACAGUUUAUUCCAUGUAAAAGAUUCUUCAUAAAUAAUUUCCUACUAUUUAUAGACUCAUUGAAUGAAAAAGACUAAGAAACUGUCAAAAAUAAAACAUUUUCUUCACAAUGUCUUAGUCUUUUUCAUUCAAUAUGAAUAAUUACCACAAAAUCAACUUCUCAACUACACAAAAAGUGAAAUUUAUAGACUUAUUUCACUUUUUAAUAAAUUUGUAUCAAUUUAUUUCUAUAAACUUUACCCAGAUUUCUUUGUGGUUCACAGAGAGAAGUAUAUUAUCAAGAUAAGUUAAGAGAUUUGCUCCUUUCAUUCCCAUUGGAAGGACUCAAACUCCGCUUCUCAAAAAGAUAUAAAAUAAGUUACUGGCGGUUCGGAACACACCUAAAAUAGGCUGUAGUCUCACUCAUUUCUCAUCAUCCUUCCAAUUGCCCUCGCACAAGCCUAAAGCUUACGUGGACAUCACCCACAGCAAAUGAAAUAUUUUUCUUGAUUCGCAUGAAUAUGGAAGUUUUAAGCCGUCUUCAAAAGUGUGGCAUCAAGGCAUCAUAAUACUCCAUGUAUUUACUGAUAUUCAUUGAAUUCGUCUAACGCAUUCAUGUACAGAACCUUCCAUUUACCUACUGUCUUCCCAUAACACUGUGAAUCAAUAUAUUCAAUAAUAUUACUCAUUACAAAAAUAUUUCUCAUAGUUUCGAGCAUAUUUUUGUAUAUGGAUUAUUUUAGUUCCUUGCCAUCGCCUUAAAACAAGAUUCAAUUCAGUAUCAUUUUUACAUCUUCAGUUUUGUCUUUAUUCAAGUUUAUUAACAUUUGGUCCGAUGAAAAACGGAAACCAAGUAUUUCUGCUAAUCCUAUUUUCUAAAUACCAUCUCUGGAAAUAACCAUUUAUCAAGGAUUAAAAUAAGAUUCAAUUCAGUAUCCUUUAUUACAUCUCCAGUUUUGUCGUUAUUCAAGUCUAUUAACAUUUGGUCUGAUGAAAAACGGAAACCAAGUGUUUCUGUUAAUCCUAUUUUUUAAAUACCACCUCUGAAAAUAACCAUUGAUCAAGGAUUUCAUUGAAUCGUUUUGUCAAUAAUCAAUACAUCAAGUAGUAAAUCAUGUAGGCAAGCGUUCAUACCUCCAAAAAUCAACUUUGGCUUUUAUAUAUUUUCUUUCAAUUUUUAUUCAUUGCAUUUUCCUCCAGUAAAAUAUCAAGUCAGAAAUUAUUAAGGCUUUUCGGUACACUUUUUUCCAUUAUUUAAAUUGGAUAAUCUUUUUCAAUAUAAUUGUUAAGAUCAUUAUAAGAGUGAGAAAAAGUGGCAACUGAAAUUUUUAAGUGGUCUAAUAAGCGAGUUAUGGGUUGAUGAAGUCCUAAAUUUACAUAUUCCGUUUUCUUUCCAGAUCAUAAACGGUUUCGACUAUAUUAUUCGAACUUCUCUUAAAAAUUCAAAAAAUGUAUCUUUCCAAACUAAAACAUUUUAUUCCCCAUAUCAUUCAUAAAUAAAAAGUAACAUUUUUUGUAAAUUCGAUAACUUGUUUAUUUUGGCAUUAAUUGCGAAAUACGCAUAUUAGAACAAAGCCAAUGAUAUUCUGAAUGUAUUAAAAAAAAACCCAAUGGAAAAUUCGAAACAGUUUAUGAUCUGGAAAGAAAACGGAGUUUAGCACUUCAACAACCCAUAACUCGCUUAUUAGACCACUUAAAAAUUUCAGUUGCCACUUUUUCUCUAUCUUAUAAUGAUCUUAACAAUUAUAUUGAAAAAGAUUAUUCAAUUUAAAUGAAAAUAAAAAGGUGAACUGAACAGUCUUAAGACAAAAAUUCGAUGUGUUAACAUUAUUUUAAUGCUUGAAAAUACAAAUUAUUCACUAACUGGUUAGUACACAUCCGGUCUUGCUAAUUCAAUAAAACAUGGCGAAACGAUAGUCACUACAAACCAGAUAGUAAUUUCUUCUUUUGAAUUUAAAAAAUUGUGAAUUACAUUAUUUAUUGCAGAAAUCAAUUACACCGUAACAAAUGUGAUCUAACAUCCAAAAUUAUAUUAUUGUUUCAUACAACGAUCUGCGUGUAUUUCAACAUUGUUACUGCUAUAUAGUAAUGAAUAAUUAUAUUAUUAAUUUAUUAUAUUCCUAAGACGUUCCAAUCCUUUUGACAAGACAUACACGUUGAUUGUUUUUCGUUUAAGUCUUGCUGUUAAAAAUCUAAUAAUAAUUUCAUUAUCUACUGUUAUAAAUCUUGAAUAAGUGUGUAAACUUGUAAGAGAAUGAUAUAAUAAGGUUAAUAACUAGUGUUUAUAUGUGUAAAUAAUUUAUUUCUUGAUAUUUUGUUAUAAUAAAAAAUGAUAAAAGUA